CCUUAUGUCAAGUUUUAUUGCAGCAUCCAUGACAGUUAUGGUGUAGCACAUUACUUACAGUGACUGCAUAAAUAUUUAAGCCAAUCAAAAGCUUCGUAACAAGUAUCAAGUAAGAUGUGUCGAAAUAGGGGUGUUAGAAAAAAGUAUGGCCGAUCACACUAGUUGUUGUUUACCUUUUGAUUUCUGGCAGUCAGUUGUUUAGAAUAAGAUGUUAUUGGUAUGAUUCAAUGCAUAAAAGGUUAGUGUACAUGCAACAUCUAAUAGAGUCACGUAUGUUACUGAAUGAAAAAGCGCGGCCAUGUUGCUUGUUAUGUGCGUCGAAACUGGUAGAAAACAAUGUAAGACAGUACAGGUAGUGUGAUGGCUCUCCCAGUGGCAGGGAUAGUGUGUAUUGUACUCGCUUGCUGGGUGGUUCUAGUGUUAGCUCUCUUUGGAUUAUACAGAUUUCUGAAGCAUCGUGGAAAUUGUGACUGUGAGUGUGCUCCCUGUGGAACUGAAGGUGGUGAAAGCUGUUCAUGUUGUAAAGCAGUCUCUGACACCUGUGACUGUUGUAACCCUAGUCUCAAUGGAUGUUUGAAUUCAGUUUGUCCUAAAAAGAAAAUAAGCUGUGUAGAUAUUAUACUGUGUCAAUGCUGUGCUGAACCGGGCCAAGAUUCCUGCCUCGUUAAUACACUUCAGUACACAUUUUGUUGCCCCUUGAAGUUUUUUGCUGAAUUCUGCAUGAUUGGAGAUCGUUGGACAGCCGUUCCAAUAUGGCAACAUGAAGGCUUAUCAUUCUGUCAGUGGGUUGGUUCGAAAGUGAAACCUAAAGUAUGUGAGUCUGUGAAAUGUGUUGACUGUAACUGUUUAAAGUGCUCUGAACUUGUACAAGAAGAUUCUAAAUGUUCCUGUGUUGUCUGCUCUAUUUGUUCAAAUACUGAAAACAAACAACCAAUAAACUGUAAGUGCCUUGAAUACAAUUGCACACAACAUUUUGCAGAUUUGUGUUCAAAGUUUAAUGAUUGGACUUGUUUGAAAUGUGCCAAAGACUAUAAGAGUUCUUCAGAUGUGUGCGAGAAUUGUAAAUGCUUUACUGUUUCAUGUUCAAAGCCGUUAACAUGUCCGACAUAUGAGAUGAAAGUGAGUAAUAAUCUCAGAAAUAUAGCCCAGUUCCCAGGUUGCCCAGAUAACGUGUUAUGUUGCACCUGCAGUGAAGAUCAAUGUGUCAAUUGCUGUUGUCAUUAUGUAUUUUGCAAUAGAUGCGGCGACCCCGUCUUUGGAUAUGAUAACACAGUAGAUGUCUGCACGUUUAGACAAAGCAACUGCUGUUCGUUUCUGUUUCAGUCUCUCUUUUGCUUACCACGCUUCCUCUGUCUAGGCUGUUUUGGCCUCUGUGAAAACUUUGCCAGAUGUUGCUAUUUCACAUGUUUAAACUGUGCAUAUUUAGUUUGUUGUGAAUGCACAGAUGGAAAAUUCUGCAUGAAUUAUACAUGUCUGUGUUUUGACUGUGAGAAGCGCAAUAAAUCACCACAAGCAAAUUCUGAUGAUGAUGUAGAUGGAUACAAGUAUGCUUGUUGUAUCUAUAUGCCAGGAAACCCCCCUUCAAUUCUUAAUGCUGAUAUAGAGAUUCCAGAAUCAGAUGACUAUGACUCACUUGAAACAGUUAGAAUUGAUGGAGCGGAAAAUACCUUACCAACAAGAGUUGAACGAAGUCCUGAAAAUUUAAAUGCAGUGGAAGAAAAAUUACAGUUUGUUGAUGAAAAGAAAGUUAGGCCUGCAAAGUGUUUUAAUGAAAUUGAUCUCGCUAGAAAGGGAAGUGUUGAUGUGAAGAAAGUUAGUCCUGCCAAGUCCUUUAACCAAAUGAAUCCUAUUAGAAAGAAAAGUGAAAAGAAAACUCAGCCAAGAAGGAAACAUUUGAAUAAAGUACCUAUUGGAGAAUAUCAUGCUAAGAGCAAAUAUCGUGAUGUUAAAUCUGAUACAAGUGAAGAAGAAACUGCCAGAGAGUAUCAUACUAAAGCUGGAAACCUUGUUAUCGAAUCUGAUACAAGUGACGAAGAAGAGUCGUAUCAAGCUGUUAAACACAUGCGUAGGUUACAGGGAGAAUUGUUGAGAAACGAUUGCUAUGGCACAGAUUCUGAGGAGAUUGAUGUGGAAAAUGCAACAAGUGUGCAUAGAAAACUUAAAAAAUACUCAGAUGAUCAGUAUGACCAGCAUAGUGAGAACAGAAGAAGAUUUGAUUUUGUACAAAAGAGUAUUCAUACUAAGGAUAUUGAGGACAGAAACAAAUGUGCUAAACCGGGCAUAUUGAAAACUCGCAACAGUUACUUUUCUGAUGCUAAGAAUGACAGCAGGAAUACGGAAGCUUUCUCAAUUUAUAAUGAGAAUUGGAGUGGUGAACACCUUAGAAGCAAAAAGAGAGCUCAUUUUGCAAAUGAUGAUGAAGAUUUAAUAAAGGAACUUUUUCCUCAACAAUUAUUAGAGAGAACUGCAAAGGGAGCUAGAGGCACAAAUAGAACAAGAAAAGUGAAACAAAAUAGGAUUUCAGAAGAAGCAAAAAAUGACACUCCGAAACAAAUAGAUACAAGCCCUGAUGAAAGUGAAAUCAUAGCAAAUGUUAGCACAAGCAGAAAGACACCAAGAAUGGGUAAAAGAAGAAUGAAGUCUAGGGUGAAAUCACACUAUGACAGUUCAGAAGAUGAUGAAAUGGAUGAAUCAUCUCAUAAAACUUACAGACAUGUACUAUCUACUUCUAAUUCCAGUGGCAGUGGAAUUAAAAGAUCCCAAAAAAAGAUUAAAAUGAAUAAUGAAAGGAAAAAAGUCUCAUUUGAAAACUCUGGACAGAGUGUUGAAGUUCAGUUAUUUGACUAUAAUUCUUCUGAGGAAGAAUUCGCUGCAGAAAGAAGAAAAUCAGCAAAGGAUGAAAUGCAACUAGAAGAUCUGGAUAACUUAUCGGAUCAAGCAGUCAUGGAUAAUAAAAUGGACAAAAAGAACAAAAGCAUAAGUCAAAGAUUAAAAGAAAUGAAGCAAAGGCGGUCAUUAUCAGAACUUGAAAGUGACUAGGAUAUAUAGAUGUGAUAAUGACAAAUGAAAGAUAAGGCAAAUAAAAGGCAAGGUGAAGUGAGGUUGUUAUGAAGUGUGUCAAAUAAUUGUUAAAUAAAAAUCGAUAUUUGCCAUUGCUGCUUAUCUCAGGUUUGGUAAUGAAAACUUCUUUAAUAUUGAUAUUUGGGCAACCUGGCUACUAGAAUGAAUUUUAGUUUUAUGUGUUGGUAACAUUGUGAUGAAAUUAGAUUUUAUUUUUAAGUUUUAUGUUCUUCAUGUACACAUAGAUAAACUUAUUUCUGGUAAUGCAUAUUAAUGAGCAUUUUAACAAUGUUACCUUUAUAAAGGUAACUUUAUUCAGGUAAUGGAAGAUAAGAAUAGUUAAAAGGCAGUAUGCUUAUACAUUUUUGUAUAUAGAAAAUAUAUGAGUGUUUGUUAUUUUGAUAUAAACUGUUUAUUUAAGCUUUAGUCUGUGCCUUUACAUUUAUACAAAUGUUUGUCCGUCCAGUACCUUUUCUUUACAGUUUCAUGUUGUUGUUUAUAUUUUAACUAGUUAUAUUUUUAUUUAUAUGUUUUUAACUUGCACUGAUCAAAUUAUGAAUCUGAUAGUAUAUGCAUUCAUUUAAUGUGUUUUAUUUUCAUGUUAUCAUUUAAUAGCUCACCUGAACUUUGUUCAUGCUGAGCUACUAGUAUAGGUGUAUGGUCCUUCGUACUGCAUCCUGCAUCAACAUUUUUACUUAAACAUCUUCUCCGCUGAAAAAACUGGUCAGAAUUACACCAAGCUUGCUGGGGAGCAUCCUGGCAUGGAUCUCUAUCAAGUUUGUUCAAAUGAAAUCACCUUGGCUCCUUUCAGAGACUUGAUCUAAAAGUAUAAAAACCUCUAAACAACUUCUUCUCAUGAAAGGCUUAAUGGAUCUUCAUCAAUCUUGAUCUGUAGUAGCAUUAUAAAGUUUUGUCUCAAGUUUAUUCAAAUAGGGGCACUUGGCACAUUUAUAAAGUCCUUUCCAGCUUUGUUCAUUUGGGGGCACUGAGUCCCUUUUAGGGGCUGCUAGAGUUAAAAAAAAAUCCUUUAAAUAACUUCUUCUCAUGAACUCUUUGAUGGAUCUUCAUCAAACUUGGUUUGUAGCAUCAUUGUAAGUAUCCUCCAGAUUUGUUUAAAUGGGGAUACUUUACCCUUUUAGGGGCCACUAGAGCUAAAAAUAGAAACUUUUAAAUGACUUCUUUCCAUGAACUGUUUGAUGGAUCAUCAUCAAACUUGGUCUGUAGCAUUACUGUAAGACUCACUCAAGAAUUUGUUCAUGGUUAUGUUUAACACUUUUAGGGACUGCUGAGUUAAAGAUAGAGGAAAAAAUUAGAUGACUUCUUCUGAUGGACUGCUGGCUUGAUCUUCAUCAGACUUGGCCUGUAGCAUCAUUGUAAGGUCUUCUCCCAAGUUUGUUCAAUUGGGGGCACUUGGCCAUUAGAGCUAAAAAUAGAAAAAUACUUCAAAUGACUUCUUCUGAUGAACCGCUCGACUGAUCCUCAUCAAACUUGGUCUGUAAUAUCAUUAUGAUGGUUCUGUUUGGUCCCUUUUAGGGGACACUAGAGCUAAAAUGCAAAAGAAAAAAAAAACUUUGUAGUCAUGAAGUUUCUCCUAAGGUUAUACAUUGUUAGGGUGUCACAGCAAAAUAUAGAAAAAGCCUUCAAAUAACAUUUUUAAUGAAUUGCAUAAAGGACUUUCACCAAACCUGGUUAGAGUCAAGGUCAGAUAAUCAAGGUCCUCUUCAGAUGCGCCACUUAGGCCCAUUUUGGCCUCUUGUUAUUUUGAUGUCAAAUGCUUUUCUAUGAAAACAGUUAAUAAGAGAAACUUUUCACUAUUUGAGAAGCAUUUAACAUCUAACACUAGAUAAAUUUGAAAAUUGUAUAAUGCAGGAAAAAGUCUCAUUUCUCGUAUACAUGUAUACGAAAUAAAAGUCAGAAGAGGUAAUGCUAAGAUUGUAUCUUUUAUAAUCCUUAGGUUUAAAUUGUUCAUGUUUGAGUGGCUAUGAAAUAAAUUCUGACGUGUUUAUUUAUUUAACCAUAAAGCGAAUAUAACAAAAGAUUUGGCUAGUACAGAUUUUAUUGGCAAAUGAAUAACUUGGGUUUAAAUUACAACUUCCUUGACUAUUUUGAUUUAUUGUUUGUUUACAGUUAUCUACCUUAAGUCUACUCAAAUAAUGAUAAGAUAUUGAAGUUAGUUCAAGAAUAGGUUAACUGUUAAAGUAAGAUACCUCCAAGGUCUAAAUAGAGAUAAAUUUGUUUCGGUAUCGGUGCUGGCUGAACAAAUAAAGUUGAACUCGGAAACCAUCCACUUUUCCGAUUAAUUGUUUUUAUUAUGUCUCCCACCACACAGUGGUGUGGGAGACAUAUUGAUUUACUCCAGUCUGUGUGUGUGUCUGUCACAAAGCUUGUCCGCACUCUUAAGUCGACAUUUCUCAUCCGAUUUUCACCAAACUUGAACAAAAUGUGUUUGACCAUGAGACCUCGGCCAAGUUCGAUAACUAGCCAAAUCGGUCCAGGCAUAUUGGAGUUAUGGCCCUUGAAUUACCAAAAAUCUACCUUUUUACUCUUGUCUGCACUCUAAGUCUAACAUUUCUCAUCAGAUCUUCACCAAACUUUAACAAAAUGUGUUUGACCAUGAGACCUUGGCCAAUUUCGAUAACUAGCCAAAUCGGUCCAGGCAUUUUGGAGUUACGGCCCUUGAAUUACCGAAAAAUCAGCGUUUUUACUCUUGUCCGCUCUCUAAGUUGAACAUUUCUCAUCCUAUCUUCACCAAACUUGAACAAAAUGUGUUUGACCAUAAGACCUCAGCCAGUUUCGAUAACUAGCCAAAUACGCCCAGGCACUUUAGAAUUAUGGCCCUUGAAUUACUGAUUGGAUCUACUCGUCCAGACCAUCUAAUUGGAUCCACUCGUCUAAACCAUCUAGAGAAACUAGACAUUUUUAGCCCGACUAUUCGAAGAAUAAGUAGAGCUAUCCUACUCACCACGGCGUCGGUGUCGGCGUCGGCGUCACACCUUGGUUAAGUUUUUCGUACCAGUCCACAUUUUGACAAAGUCUUUUGAGAUAAAGCUUUGAAACUUUCAACACUUGUUUACCAUCACCAUGGCCAGUUAUAGGCAAGAGUACAUAACUCCAUCAAGGAUUUUGGCUGAAUUAUGGCCCCUUUUGACUUAGAAAUCAUGGUUAAGUUUUUCGUACCAGUUCAUAUUUUGACAAAGUCUUUUAAGAUAAAGCUUUAAAACUUUCAACACUUGUUAACCAUCACCAUGGCCAGUUAUAGGCAAGAGUACAUAACUCCAUCAGGGAUUUUAGCUGAAUUAUGGCCCCUUUCGACUUAGAAAUCUUGGUUAAGUUUUUUGUACCAGUUCAUAUUUAGACAAAGUCUUUUGAGAUAAAGCUUUGAAACUUUCAACACUUGUUUACCAUCACCAUGUGCAGUUAUAGGCAAGAGCACAUGACUCCAUCAAGGAUUUUGGCUGAAUUAUGGCCCUUUUUGACUUAGAAAUCUGGGUUAAUAUUUCGUACCAGUUCAUAUUUUGACAAAGUCUUUUGAGAUAAAGCUUUGAAACUUUCAACACCUGUUUACCAUCACCAUGGCCAGUUAUAGGCAAGAGUACAUAACUCCAUCAAGGAUUUUGGCUGAAUUAUGGCCCCUUUUGACUUAGAAAUCUUGGUUAAGUUUUUUUGUACCAUUUCAUAUUUUUUGUAAAGUGUUUGACAUAUGGCUUUGAAACUUUUAUCACUUGUUUAGUAUAAUAGUCUCUAUCUGUAGGAAAGAGAACAUAUUAACUCUGUCAUCUAUUUUGGCUGAAUUAUGGCCCUUUUUGGACUUUGAAAUUGGUUCUGUUUUCAUACAAGUCCAUGUUUUGUCAAAACUAUUUGACAUAUGGCUUUUAAACUUUGAACACUUGCUUAUCAUUAUGAUUUACAUCUGUAGGCAAGAGUACAUAACUAUUUUGACUGAAUUAUGGCCCUUUUUGGACUUUGAAAUUGGCUCAUAUAUUGCCAUUUAGUGCAUUGUUUGUCUAAUCUAUUUAUUUCUUUUGUCUGAAUAUCCGUGGAAAUAUUUUGACCCCAUUCUUCAAUCAGUUCUUCGAAUAGUCGAGCGCACUGUCAUCAGACAGCUCUUAUUCAUAGGGGCAGUUGUGGGAGACAUGCGCUUUUCUCAAAAGCAUCUCUAGUUACAUAAUAUUAUGUUGUUUGUUAUGGUGAGCUUGAAAUGUUUUAAAAUUUGUAGGUUUAUUUAUUCAAGCUGCAUGCUGAGGUAAAUACAUUUAGAGACUUAAAAUCUGUAGACUAGAAUAUGUGCUAGUACCACCUUGAUGGUGGACUUUAAGGUUGUUAUAUUUUAGCUCACCUGAACUUUGGUCAGGAUGAGCUGUUAGUAUAUAUGGAUGAUUUGGGGUCUGUUGUCCUGCAUCAACAUUUUUUUCAUGUAAAACUACUUAUAAGACUUUGACCAAACAUAUAGUAGCAUCCUGGCACGGGCCUCUCUCAGAUGUGUUUAUAUUGUUCAGUUUGGCUCCUUUAAUGGUUUUCCAGAGCUAAAAAUAGAAGAAAAGAACUUUGAAUGACUUCUUCUUUUAAACCAGAUAUUGGGUCUUCAACAAUCUUGGUCUGUAGAUUCCUUGUCCUCUGUGAAAGUUUUGCAUUGGUUUUGCUUGGCCCAUUUUAGGAGCAAAUAGAGCUGAAAACAGAAAACCCUUUGAACAGUUUUCUUUAUGAACCACUGGAUGGAUCUUCACCAAACUUGUUCUGUAACAUCUUUGUAUGGUCCUUUCUAGAUUGUGUUCAUAUAGUUUAAUAUAGUACCUUAUGUAGCUAAAGAUAUAAAAACCCUUCUAUAAACAACUUCUCCUGAAGCAGGUAAUAGAUCUUUAUCCAGCUUGGUCUGUAGCAUCCUUCUAUAGACCUCUCGUAUUUGUUGUAUUGGUUGCGAUUUCAGAGGUUACCAAGCUAAAAGUAGAAAGAACUUUAGCUUUCUUUUUGGUAUGGACCACUUGAUGUAUUUUCACCAAACUUGGUCAGUACUCACCUUUUAUGGUGCUGUCCCUCAAAUUUGUCGAAAUGGUUCUGCUUGGUCCUAGAGCUAAAAGUAGAAAAAACCUUUAGAUAUUUUCUUGGUAUGGACCACUUGAUGUAUUUUCAUCAAACUUGGUCAGUACUAUCCUUUUAUGGGUCUGUCCCUCAAACUUGUCUAAAUGGUUCUGCUUGGCCCUUUUAGAGGCCUAGAAAAAAACUUUAAAUGACUUCACAUAAACCAGUUGAUGGAUAUGUGAUAUUGAUGUCAGAAUGUACUUGUAUUGACCUGUCUCAAUUUUGUUCAAAUCAUUGUGCUUGAACCCUUCUAGAGCCCACCAGAGCUAAAAUAAAACACCUUUAAAUAACUUCUUUUCAUGAACAAAAUUGUGUACCUUCACCAAAUUUGGUCUGUAGUCAGGUUUGUUCAAGUAGUCCCUUGUAAGGGAAGGCAGAGUCAAAAAUGGAGAAGAAAAUAAAGAACUGUUCCUUUUGAACUACUUGAUUGAUCUUCACAGACCUUGAUCUGCAGCAGCCUUUAAUGGUCCUCUAACUUCUGUUAAGUGGCUGUGCUUGACCCCUUUUAGGAGCAACCAGAGCUAAAAAUAGAAAAAAUAUUACAAAACAUGAUGGAUCUUCACUAGACUUGUUUCAUCCUUACAAGUCCCUUUCACUGUUUUGUUAGUUCCAUUGUUAGAAAUAAAAACAGAAACUUCUUUAAAGAACUUUUCAUGAAUCGGUUGAAAGGUCUUUGCUAAACUAUGUCUAUAUUAGUCAAAUUUGGCCUUAUUGAUUUAAGAACCCUUGAUUAUAACUCUGUUGUUUACACGAUUGGUUAUGCAUAAUAGACCAUCACAGCAUAAAAGAGAAAAUUAUUAAGUUAACUAACUGUUAAUGAUCACCGAACCUGAUCAGAAGCAAGGUUAGAAGGUCAAGGUUCUCUUCAGGUUAGCCAUUUAGGCCUAUUUAUCUAUAACGGGAAAGCAAGACAAAAAAUAAAUGAGACUGAAGAAAAAAAUUAUUCUUCAAAAAUAUCAUACUUUUAUUAUGUUGUUGUAAUGUUAGAUAUAUUUUGAACUUCUCAGACAAAAGUGUUAAUUUAUUUUGAAUAAAAAGUUAUUCACCCUAC